AAAUCACACCCUUCCAUUCCAAUUGACUGCAACAAGUCAUAAAAAAAGACCCUCUUGUCUACAUACAGUUUGCUACUAAGUUAAGUAGUUGUUGUGCAGUUGACAUUCAGCAUCAGCAUCAGCAUCAGCAAUGGAGGAUGAGAGAAAGAGAUUGAGAGAAGAAGAAUGGAAGUCAAUGAUUCCGGUCAAUCACCGCCUCUCUCUUUCUGAUUUCCCUUCCGAUUUCCUCUUUGGUGUUGCUACUUCCGCUUAUCAGGUCGAAGGAGCUGCCAAUGAGGGUGGCAGAGGUCCUUGUAUUUGGGAUGCUUUUUCUCACACAAAAGGCAAGAUAAAAGAUGGGAAAGAUGGAGAUGUGGCAGUAGAUCAGUACCAUCGUUACAAGGAAGACGUUGACCUUAUUGCCAAAUUGGGGUUCCGUGCUUACCGUUUUUCUAUAUCCUGGUCACGCAUCUAUCCGGAUGGCCUGGGAACCGAAGUCAACAAGGAAGGGAUCAUGUACUACAACAAUCUUAUAAACUACCUUCUUGAAAAGGGAGUCGAGCCAUGUGUAACAUUAUACCAUUGGGAUAUUCCUUUGCAUCUUGAUGAGACGAUGGGAGGGUGGUUAAGUGAGUCAAUACCAAAGUAUUUUGCCAUUUAUGCAGAAACUUGCUUUGCAAACUUUGGUGAUAGAGUAAAGAAGUGGAUUACAAUCAAUGAACCUCUUCAGACAGCAGUAAAUGGAUAUUUUACUGGUGUAUUCGCGCCUGGAAGAUGUGACCGUCAGUCAGCUGAACCUUAUUUGGCUUCUCACCACCAGCUUUUGGCCCAUGCAGAAGCUGUUUCAAUAUAUAGAACAAAAUAUAAGGACCUUCAAGGUGGUGAAAUAGGGUUGGUUGUUGAUUGUGAAUGGGCUGAAGCCCUAACAGAUAAAGAAGAAGAUAUACUUGCUGCAGGAAGGCGUAUUGACUUUCAGCUAGGGUGGUAUUUGGACCCAAUCUUUUUUGGAGAAUAUCCCAAAUCUAUGCAGGAGAGACUUGGGGACAAGCUCCCAAAAUUUUCCCAAAAAGAUAAAGAUCUGCUGAAGAAUUCACUGGAUUUUGUUGGCCUGAAUCAUUAUACAUCAAGAUUUGUUUCACAUAAAACAAACAAAGAUGAAGAAAAUUAUUAUAGAGCACAAGAGGCGACAAGAAUAUCUGACUGGGAAAACGGAGUGAUUGGUGAAAAGGCUGCAUCGUCGUGGCUGUAUGUUGUUCCAUGGGGUCUCCGGAGAGUUCUUAAUUACAUAGCUCAGAAAUACAACAAUCCACCGAUAUACAUUACCGAAAACGGUAUGGAUGAUGAAGACGAUGAGAUAUCUCCCUUACAUGAAAUGCUGGAUGACAAAUUGAGAGUCACUUACUUUAAGGGAUAUCUUGCAUCUGUUUCUUUGGCUAUCAAAGAAGGAGUUGAUGUGAGGGGAUACUUUGCAUGGUCAUUGGUGGACAAUUUUGAGUGGGCAGAAGGUUAUACAAAGCGUUUUGGUUUGGUUUAUGUUGAUUACAAGAAUGGUCUUGCUCGCCACCCAAAGUCUUCUGCAUAUUGGUUCCGAAGGUUCUUGAAAGGGGAAGAUGGAAAAAAUGGCAAAGAAAACUAACCGGAGCUUGCAAAGUUGAACCAUUAGUUGUAAUGAAGUUCACCCUGGAUGACUUCCUAAAUCUCUCUUUUGUGAACCUGACUCGGUGUUCGUAUCUAGCAGCUAAUGGUUUCUCCCCUAAACAUGUUUCUUAAGCUUAGUUCAGUAUACGAUAUACUUUAAUAAAGAAAGAGACGAUCCAUGUCGUUUUUGCAGUUGGAUUCGCUUCUUCGGUUGCAUUGUACCAAACUCAGUGUUCUAGCAGCUAGUGGAUACUUCAAAAUUGCAUACUCAAUCUACUGAUAUGGUCCAUUUUAACACACUUUGUACACGGGCUUCUCUGACUACAUGUGUUUCGUCUACUGUUUUAGUUAUUUUAUGAUGAUAAAUUUAGAAAGUUUAAA